CCUGUGAGCUCUCUGACCAAAAUUUCAGCCUGUGCCAGCUAUUGGUUGUUUAAUCUCUCACUGAAAACAAUCGCUUAAGGCAUAUUUCAAAGUUUUUAAUGAUUUCUAGCACUUUUUAUCUAUAUUUAUGAACAUAUUCAUUAAGUUAUUUUUAACUUUAUAGUUUUUUUUCACUCUUAUUUUAGAAUAAGACAUGAAAUCUAUACCUUUUAAGUAGAACAGGUAUAGUAGGAGAAGAUAUUAAAUCAAGAUCUAUACUUUUUUUUUUUAACUUGUGGUUUUAACACUGAACGCCAAUGCUCACUGAGCCUGACUGAACAAUCCAUUCUGUGGGAUCCUCUCUGGUAAUUUUCCAUAAUGAGGUCAGAACAUUCAGUUAGAUAAGCCACGCCCACUUUGGAACUGUGAUGUCAUCGUGAAUUCUAAAAGAACCCGCCCCUGUUCCAAAAUUACUUAAACACCCACAAACCCCACUCAGCUCACAGUUUCUCUAGAACAGCAGCAAGCAACAGGGCAAAACCACAUGUCGACAAAUCAAGACAGCAACACCAGGAUGAGACCUCAGAGUUCAGAAAACAAUUCAGAUGAAGAACCAAAAUCUUCCUGCUUUUCGGAGAGCAGUGAAUUCAUCACGACACAACACAGUUUAGAGUCCAGAACGGACAAUGGACCAAAGGAAAUACCCAACCAUGAGAAUUCAAGAACCAGGGUUUCUGAGGAAGUAGGACUCUCAACAAGCUGCCAGAGCCAGAAACGAAGGAGGAAAAGUGAAGAGCUAGGAAUAGCAAGUGAAGAUCUGGCAUUGCCAGCCAAGAAAAAGAUGAAGACCAAACACCUUGAUGAGAACCCAAUUACAAAUUCAUCAGCCUCCUCACUGGAGUACAGCACAGACAGCUACAGCACCACGAGACAACAGAUUUCAGAGUCCGGUACAGUCUGUCAACCAAAGGAAAGAUCUAAAUAUAAGAACCAAAGGAAAACAAGCAGGGUUUCUGAGAUAGCGGAACCUUCAACAAUUUGCCAGAGCCAGAAAAGGAGGAGGGAAAGUGAAGAGCUAGGAAUAUCAAGUAAAGAUCCGGCACUGCCUGCCAAGAAAAAGAUGAAGACUAAACACCUUGAUGUGAACCCAAAUACAGCUUCAUCAGCCUCCUCAUUGGAGUACAGGACAGACAGCUACAGCACCACGAGACAACAGAUUUCAGAGUCCGGUACAGUCUGUCAACUAAAGGAAAGAUCUGAAUAUGAGAACCAAAGGAAAACAAGCAGGGUUUCUGAGAUAGCGGAACCUUCAACAAGUUGCGAGAGCCAGAAAUUGACGGGGGAAAGGGGAGAGCUUCUAAAAGCAAUGAAAGAUCUGAAACUGCGAGCCAAGAAAAAUAUGAACACCAAACACCUUUAUGAGAAGCCAAUUACAGCUUCAUCAGCCUCCUCAUUGGAUUCCAGCACAGAUAGCGGCAACAGGACCAGGGGACAACAGAGUUCUGAGUCCAGUACAGACAGUGGACCUAAAUAUAAGAAACACAGGAAAAGGGUAGCUGAACCCUCAAAAGCGGACCGCGAAAAAUACAAAUUUCAUGGAAAAUAUCUUCAGCUGGAUAAACUGGUAGACAGAGGCUCUGUAUCUGUCUUUGCAGGCUAUCGUAAAGCGGAUUACUCACCUGUGACCAUCAAACGCAUCAAAAAUGUCGUAUUGAAACAUAGAGAUGAGAACGGUAGAGAGCUCCCACUGGAGGUAGCCAUCAUGUUUAAACUGAUGGAUGAAACAGUGGAGCAGUCAUUCGUGGUGUCGUUGUUGGACUGGUAUGACCUGGACAACGAGGUGAUUUUGGUGAUGGAGAGACCCAUGCCUUGUAAUGACCUCGCAGGUUACCUCAAAGACCUCAGACGUCCCCUCGAGGACAAGGAGGCAAAGGUCAUAUUAAAACAGCUGGUGAAAGCAGCCAUUCAUCUAAAAAACAAAAACAUCUUCCACAGAGACAUUAAAUUGUAUAAUAUCCUAAUUAAGACGGACUCAGAAGAGCCGCAAAUCUACCUCAAAGACUUUGGGUUAAGCAGCUUUGGUGAAGGAAGACCACAUUUAGAUUAUGAUGAUGAAAAUAAUCAAGCCCCAAUGGACUGGUUCCUUCUAGGAUUCCGGAGGAAUGGAUUGCUGAACUGUGAUGAGAACACUCCAUGAGAACCACCACGUGGAUUCAGCAUCUAUCUGCCAUUGGACAGCAUGGAGACCAAAGCGGCUGUGGAGGAGGCCAUAGGAGACUCUGAUUGAUUAAUUAGAUUGAUGAGUGAUAGAGACACUGAAAGAAUUCAUCAGCGACAGUGAUGUUCAUCAUUUGCUUUUAACUCAGACCAGGAUAAUUCUUGAUUCUACCUAAUUGUGAUUUAUAUGUUUUGAAUUAUUUUGAUUUUGUUUUGAUGAAAAUCAUGGAAACAUUUUGCUCUAGACCCACCAAGAUCAAGUUUUAUGCCACUUUUUCUUUGAUGUAGAAAAACUCAGAACCUGAUUGGCUUAACGGUUCUUUAAGUAGUUGGUAAUGAUGAUAGUCAGAUUCAAAACAGGUUUUCUUGCUCAGAUUGGCUGAGAGUGGGAUUUCCCUGGGGUCACCCCGGUUUUUACUACCUUUUAGAGAAGGUAGGGUUUUCCGGUGGAGAACGGCCCGACCUGUCCUGUGAUGUCCCCUACUGUGACUGAAUGAUUGGUAAAUUUGGAUGGAUGGUUUAUCCAUGGUGAGCGGUCACAUUUAGGAGGCCUCCAGGUGGGAGUGAGAGUAGAUAAAUUUGGCCUUAUUAGAUUUAUUGGCUUAGGUACUUCGUCUAAGGUAAAUUAAAAUAAUGUGCACAUAGAAAACUAAAAUAGCCUUCCUUUAAUUAGAUGAAAUCUAAAUUGUAGCUAAAUGCUGAAACUGUGGUCUUGAGUAAUAACAUUUGGUCUGUGAAGUUUUUGAUUGUGAUUACUUUUGAUCUCUGAUUAAUGACACAUCAUCAAUUAUAGAUGCUCUCUGAGUCACCUGGUGAUUCAAAGAUUAGUCGCUCACUGUGUUUUAAGUUACCUGUUAAAACGGUAACUUAUCAGGGGGAGUUGUUAGGUUUAUUCUUUAUACAUCAUGUGCAUUGUUAGUUUGUUAGCCAUAUUAGACAGAGUAGAAGGCUGGACGCUCGCUGACGUUUUUUGAGCCCACAGCUGUGCCAACUCUAAGCAAUUUCUUUGCCCUGUAACAACCUGACCUGGAAUAAACCCUGUUACUUUUUACUCCUGUUUUAUAGUCCUUUUUUA